ACACUGCGCACCUCUCUGCGCUGGGCCAGACAGAGAGGUGAGGCGGUCCCCGGAGGAGGUGAAGGAGCGCUGAGAACUCAAUCUUAUCGGACAUAUACACACCUCUAUUUCGCAGACACGUCUGCCACAUAUAAUAUAUAUAGAGAGAGAUCUAAUCUGAUAGAUACUUUGAUCCUUCGUCGGUCUUAGGUCGGAGUUAGCCUGAGUUAAGGGAGGCUGCCGUAAAUUAAGGGAGGUUGCCGUCAGUCCUCAUCGGUCUUUGGGCCUCUCAUCUAAAGAUAUCAACACCGUCCAAACGAAGAGAGCCAUGGUGUCCUGGAUGAUCUCACGAAGCGUUGUGCUGCUGUUUGGCACUCUCUAUCCUGCAUACUACUCUUACAAAGCAGUGAAGACCAAAAAUGUCAAAGAAUAUGUCAGGUGGAUGAUGUACUGGAUCGUCUUCGCUCUGUACACCGUGGUGGAGACCGUCACCGACUCUACCCUGGCCUGGUUCCCUCUCUACUAUGAGCUGAAGAUAGCCUUCGUCAUCUGGCUGCUGUCUCCCUACACCAGAGGAGCCGGCCUGAUCUACAGGAAGCUGCUCCACCCCCUGCUGUCCUCCAGAGAGAGGGAGAUCGAUGACUAUAUAGUCCAGGCCAAGGAGCGGAGCUACGAGACCAUGGUCAACUUUGGCAAGCAGGGCCUGAGUAUAGCGGCUACUGCUGCUGUGACCGCCGCUGUGAAGGGUCAGGGCGCCAUCACGGAGAAGCUGCGGAGUCUGAGCAUGCAUGACCUGACCCAGAUCGGCCAGCAGGACGAGUCCCGGGGUAACCAGCUGUACCCGUACAGCUCCUCCAACCCAGCUGUGAAGAGGGCUCAGAACCAGGACACUGUGGACGGACCAGAGCACUACUACGACCAGGAGGACGACCGCACCGACGAAGAGGCGGACCCUAUCUUCUCAGAGGAUGAGGCCGUCACCCAGAGGGGCCUGAGGCGCUCGCAGAGCGUCAAGAUCACCCGCUCCCGGGUCCGCAAAGACGCACGCUAUGGAUCCCUCAAAAUCAAAAGCAAGAAGAGACCAACACUGAGUUCCGUUAACUACGCACCGUAGACACACACACACACACACACACACACACACACACACACACACACACACACACACACACACACACACACACACACACACACACACACACACACAGUCAUUGCAGGAAGAUGUCCUUUACUAGAACUGCACAUAUAUUGGUUCCCGUUUAUUUUUUAUUGUUUUAAAUAUCUAUAUGCUGAACUCUUUCAUGGAAUGAGACUCUCAGACAUUUUAUUCACACAAUUAUUUGUCUUUUCAUGACAUAAUGAAUGCCAGCUGAUCUUUUCAUUUUUUGCAUUCUAUUUAAGAUCUACUGUUGGCUAUUUGGAUGCUUUGUAUGAUAUUUAAUUUUUUCUGUUCUGAGCGUAUAUUAUUCUGGUUGUUGUUGCUUGAGGGUUUACUUCCAAAGAAAUCAGGCAAAUCCCACCCACAACUAUUGGUGAACAGGAUUUACUUUGGGAGCCAAGAAUACAUUUUGUUCAACAUAUUUUCAUAAAGACCUUGAUUGAAAACUGCUGCAUAAACCCAGUCAAACACAGCCAUACCAAUGAAGAGGAACAGAUCAAUAACAUGUGUAACUUACUUACUUUAUUUAUGUAAUCUCCUUGAGCGCUUUGCAUUCUGGGACAUUUCAGUAUUUACCAGGGGUGGGACUAGCCUGGUCCUACCAGACUCUCGUACUUUAUUUCAUUUGUACAGAGUCUGCACCUACUCAAUUGACAAACGUUAACUCACUUGAAGGCGGGUGUCUUUUGAAGUUGAAAACUAUUGGAUCUGCCCAGUGCCAAUCUGGAUCUGCCAUAACCAAUCGCUAACGUUCCUUCAGGCUGUAACAAACCAAACACCGUGAGUGAAGAUGUCCGUCAACGAGAGCUGACUUUAACGUCAUUGAUCUCAGCCAUUCUCUCUGUAUGCUGAUUGGACGAAGAAAAUUUAGACGGAGAAAACCCAUUAACAUACCGAAGACCCAGACCUAGUACUGAAGGGAAAUCCAAAUUGAGCAUAAGUACUUAGGCGGGCGGAGCCAGACUAGGGUGGGGCCAUGUCGUUGUUUUACAAGUCAUAAAUAAGUCUUUGCACUCAAUUCCCACGUCAAGAGAGGCAAGACCCAUGUCAAGACCCAUUUCCCCAACUUUGGUUUUCGAUUACAAAACAAGUCAUUAUGAGCUCUUCACCAAAUGUUAUUUCAUUUUAUCCUAUUAACAUAUCAAAUUGACAUAACUCAUCAAGGCUUUUUAAAACAUAAAUAUAUUUUAAAACAAGUACUGAUCAAGUACUUAAUAAUAUAAAAAAAAAGUUUGCUGAGCAUUAGCUCCACGAUCAGCCUCUAAUUAGCGUUGUGCAACUUCAAAUUUUGAACUCCGUUGGAAGAUGUUGCGUCUGUAAUUUCUGUACGCCAACAAAAUGAUAUUUGGUAUAAUUAUUCUCUGACUGGAGCUUCUUCGAGGUUCUGGGCCUCAGCUUGAUUGGAUGCUGUGGCAUUGUCGCAGACAAAGUGCAUCUGGGGAAUUCAGUGACCUGCUGGGAAUGAAGAGCGCAAACCUUUUUUGAAUCAGGGACAUUUAAGGGAGAAAAAUUGAGUCGUGGCACACUUUUUAAAUAACAUACCUUUUCAACUUUGGGCUUUGGGGAAGGUACCACGUAGUUUCAGGUCCAAGUGAAGCCACGAGUCAUUGGCAUUUUUAGUCCAAGGCCAGUUGAAAGUGUUGACUUUGUCAAGUGGAGUCUUGUGUCAUGUGACAGCAGGCCACACCUCUGGUAUCUACAGCCUUAACACCGUGUAAAACUAUUUGGAGAUGAGGUAUUUUUCCUGUUAACAUCUCUGGUUGUAAAUAUGAACAUUUAUACUUUGUAUGUAUCAUUUGAGACCAAUGUUUUGGGAUGCUUGCAUAGUUUUUAUCAGUAUGCUUUUGAUAUUGCGUUCCUUUCUUUUUUAAGAGCUCUGUAUUGUGACCACUCUUUUUGCACACAGGAUUGUCACAGCAUUUCAUCUCAAUUAGAAUGUAAUCCUUUGAUAGGAGGAAUCCAGCUAUGCACCCAAGGGGAAUGCAAAGGCAACACCCUCAGCAUUUUUGUUUUCAUGUACAUUGCCUGUUCUCCUCACAUAACAACAUUAAUGCCACUAGGAAGAGCUAAGGGCUAAGAACCAGGACUCCAAUGGGUGGACCAAGUGCCUUCAUAACCGAUGCUUAUCAGGAGGCGUUAACAGACUAACGUGGAAUUACACUCCUCUAAUAAACCCUAGCUUUAAACUCCGGUAAUGUUAACAGAUUGACUUGUUUUACAAGAAUAUGCGUGGUGGGUCCUGAUGUCGGGAGCGAUGUGCACAGAGAAGACCUUUGCCUACCUGGCUCGCUUCAUGUGUCAACACAAAAAACGUUUUCGGAGCAGAAAUGUACAUAAAGUGUUGCCUCUUGUUUUAAACGACUAUACCAAAGCUCUGCAUGGCGCUGGCCGGAUUGAUGACGUGUUGAUGCUGAUCAAAGUAUAUCUGAAUAAAGUUGGUUUGAGAAAUUAAA